AUGUUGCAGGAGCUUCCGGUGCACCAGCGUGCGGACGCUGUCAGCAGCCUGGUCUACGAGGCUAACGCUCGGGCGCGGGACCCUGUCUACGGGUGCGUGGGAGCAAUCACCUACCUGCAGGACCAGGUGGCCCAACUGCAGAUGCAGCUGGCAGUGGCCCAGGCGGAGAUCCUCUGCAUCCAGAUGCACCAGGACCAGCUGGACCAGGACCAGCCGCCGGUGUACGUGCACCAGAGCCCUAUCGUUGGGGCCCACCACCCAUUCAGUCUGCUGAUGCACGAGGAUCAGGCGAGCGCGUGCUCGGACGAUAACAACAACAACAACAACAAGUCGUUCUUGAUACAGAAUAAUCAGGUGCUGAAUUUCAGUGCUUCGAGUGGCAACCAUGUACUUUAUCAGGAGCCGUCGUUCAAGAAGGAGGCGAUAUAUGGGCAUGACAUGGUUUCUUGA